AUGAUAGCACGAGACCCAGCUCCCGAGACCCCCAAGAUGGCCCACGACUCUUUGGUAACCGUUCGUCUCUCUGAACCGGAUCCUAUAGUCCUCGAUUCUCCCAUAGCCAACUCGGUCACCGAUACAGAUCAAACAACACCGACAAAAGACCCAGUCGACGACGACCUCGUUGAGAUUCCUGUAUCCCCUUUAUCACCCAAACCUAGCCUGUUGGAGGACGAUAAGGACAAGAGUCUGGAAGACGAGCCAAAAACUCUGACCAAGGAAGAGACCAUCGAUACAGGAGCCCUACGCAUAUCAAUAGCAAACAUGCCGCCGCCGAUCCUUACAACACGGACGUUACAAGAGGAGCUAGCCGAUGACGAUAACUCAUCAGACGACCAAGAUGAGGUGAACUGGGAGAAACUCGAACGAAAGGAAGAUGAACAAACGAAGGACGAAGAAACAGACAACUCCACGGCGUUGUUAUUGGCCCGGCUUGAACAGGAGAACGCAAAGUUGGCUACGAACCCGAAAAGCGUCAAAGUCCAAGGCGUCGAUCGCGCAACUGCUGAACGCAGUGCAGUCAGCAGACCUCGCCCACCUUCGAUGGCACAGCUUCGUCAAAUGGUUCAAGGACCAACACCGCCUGCUCUACGAUACUCGAUGCUACCCCCGCCUCCCAUGACGGACCUUGAGUUUUACGCUGCCCUCGUCAAAGAUUACCAACAGACCGCUGCACGGCUCCCGACUCUUCUCUCAAAUAAGAUUCGUAAAGGUAUCCCGCCGCCGCUGCGUGGCGUGGUCUGGCAAAGUAUGUCUGGAGCUCGGGAUGCCAUGUUGGAAGACCAGUUUGAUCGGUUUCUUGGCGAGACCAGUCCUUAUGAAGUCAUAAUCGGCAAAGACUUGGGCAGAAGUUUCCCAGGGGUGGACAUGUUCCGCGAUCCAGAGGGUGACGGACAACGUAUGCUAGGUCGCGUUCUCAAAUGCUUCAGUCUCUACGACACCAAGAUUGGCUAUUGUCAGGGGCUGGCCUUUCUGGUCGGCCCAUUGCUGAUGCAUAUGCCCGACAAACAGGCAUUCUGUGUUUUGGUUCGGUAA